AUGGCGGUUCAGUCUAAGCUGCUUCCCCCAGGCCGGAGUGUCAAGCAAAUCAUCUCGCAGUUGACGUCGCUUUACCUCAAAAACCGCACGAAUAUCUCCCGAACCGUCUACAUCACCCUAGUCGUCGCACUGAUCCAUCGAGUCCACAAUGCUAUCUCAGAGCAAAAGGCCGCAGCGAGGAGGCAGGUCGAGAUUCAGCGAGAGCGGACUCGCCACUCCCACCUGUCACCGGAAGGCGGAGAUGUGAAGAACGAAAGACAACAGGAGGAACAUAGAAAGAAAAGAGUCGAAAUCAACAGAGAGUUCUUCCGCAAUCUCCUGCGGCUCCUGAAGAUCGUGAUCCCCGGCUGGAGAAGCAAAGAGCUGAGACUGAUCGUCUCGCACAGCGUCUUUCUCGUCAUCCGCACCCUGCUGUCCCUCUACGUGGCCGAACUUGACGGCAAAGUCGUAUCGGCACUGGUCCGGGGCAAAGGGCGAGAGUUCGUGUUGGGUCUUGUGUGGUGGAUGCUCGUGGCCGUGCCCGCAACCUUUACGAACUCGAUGCUGCAGUACCAUCAGACGCGCCUUGCUUUGGCCUAUAGGACAAGGCUCACACAAUACAUCCACGAAAAGUAUCUUAACAACAUGACCUUUUACACGCUCUCGGCACUCGACGAUCGAAUAAAGAACGCUGACCAACUCAUAACCGUCGACGUGUCUCGCUUCUCCAACUCCCUCGCUGAACUCUACUCGAACCUCGCAAAACCCAUUCUCGACAUGGUCAUUUACAAUUACUCCCUCUCAAAGUCUGUUGGUGGAGAAGGCCUCUUCGCUAUGGCCCUACUUGUACAGAUAUCCGCCAACGUCAUGCGCGCCUUGACACCUCCGUUCGGAAAAUACGUCGCCGAUGAGGCGCGGCUAGAGGGGGAGUUCCGGUUCCAACAUACGAGAUUGAUCGAUUACAGCGAAGAGAUUGCAUUAUAUGCCGGCCAUGAGGCUGAAAAAGACGGUCUGGACAAGGGCUAUUUCACAUUGAUCAAACAUGUCAAUCGAAUUCUGAGGAGACGGUUCUAUCACGGCUUCAUGGAAGACUUUGUCAUCAAAUACUUCUGGGGUGCUCUCGGCCUGCUUCUUUGCUCAUUGCCCGUCUUCUUCAAGAUCCCAGGGCAGAACCUCACUCCGGGAGAAUCGAGGGGCGACCACACGGAAUCUUUUGUCACGAACCGGCGCAUGUUGCUGAGCAGUUCUGACGCCUUCGGCCGCAUCAUGUUCUCUUACAAGGAAAUAACAGAACUCGCAGGCUAUACAUCUCGUGUUGCGGGGCUGCUGGAUGUCAUGGACGAAGUCUCGGCCGGCCGAUUCGAGAAGAAACUGGUCAGCUCAGCUUCGACGGAAGAAAACGCUGCGGUGCUCAGGGGGCGAGGGACAAUUGAAGAGAGCGAAAAUAUCGAAUUCACCGACGUCCCCAUCGUGAGUCCCAACGGCGAUGUUCUGGUGAAGAAGUUGACAUUUGCGAUCAAACCGGGGGAUCACCUGUUGAUUGUUGGUCCCAACGGUUGUGGCAAGUCCUCCCUUUUCAGGAUCCUUGGUGGGCUUUGGCCCGUCUAUGGCGGGUCUGUAAAGAAACCCAGAUUCGAGGAUAUAUUUUACAUUCCUCAACGUCCGUACCUGAGUCGAGGCACACUGAGAGAUCAAAUCAUUUACCCGGACACCCUGCGGGAGUUUCGGGCCAAGAAUGGCUCGGAGGAGCAACUGAGGCAGAUUCUCGCGAUCUUGGAGAUCGAGGCCAUCAUCAAUCGACCUAAUGGGUGGGACGCCGUGGAAGAAUGGCGCGACGUCUUCUCUGGAGGUUUGCAACAGCGGAUUGCCAUGGCUCGCCUGUUCUACCACAAGCCCAAGUACGCCAUCCUGGACGAAUGCACUAGCUCGGUAACUUUGGAGAUGGAACGGAAGAUGUAUGAGACAGCCAAAGGGCUCGGCACGACACUAAUGACAGUGAGUCAUCGACGAAGUUUGUGGAAGUACCACAGCAUGAUCUUGCAAUUUGAUGGACAGGGUGGGUACGUGUUUUGUCCGCUGGACGCGGAGAGGAGGAUCAAGCUGGAAGACGAAAAGGAGGAGCUGGAGAUGCUGCUCAGGGGAGUGGACGCGUGGGAGGCACGGCUCAAGGAGUUGGAGGAGGUUUGA